AGGAAAAAAAAAUUGGUACGUGCUCUCCACGCGACGACCACCCCAGCGGCUUUCCGCCCGAUUUCAAGACGCAGGUGAGAACUCGAAUUUGGAUUUGCAUCUUUUUCAUUCCGAAAUUUGAUUUUUUUACCAUCGGUAGUGGCGUAAGUUGAAAGCAUUUUUGGCACCUGAAGUUGCACAGCACUACCCUACGACUAGAACGAGCGCUAUUAUUGGAAGAUAGAAAGGGAAUAAUCACAAAACCUGAACCGCCCAUAUUUUCUCAUCCACUAUUAAGUAGCAGCUAUCGUGGACGCCUGCAAACCCACACACAGAAAAUGAUUGGCACACGACGGAGAAAAGCAGCUGCAGGCCUGGCCUCCGUUGGCAGCUUCCUCGUCCUCCAAUACGGCCCCGCUUCGAUUGUCUCUUUGACGACGCUCAUCUUCACCAGCAGUGUAGCAACUUUUGCAUCGGCCGAGUUGUCCACGGGGAGUCAAGACCAGAACACCCGUCUGCCUAUUUCCAUCGACGAGCUUGAGAAAAAGAAGCAGGAAGCGGUGAAUGCCGUCCGAAAAAACUGGCGCUCGCUGCUGGAAAGCGAAGACGAUGUAUUCGAUGUUUUCUUACAUCCGGCGGACUUUUACAAGCAGGGGGAUCCUGACUACAACGAAAAAGUGUUCCAAGCGGCUCUGGAAGUGAUGUGCCAGGCAAUCGGCGGGGGGAAUGUUGGCUGCGGAGCAGCUUAUAAAAGCGAAGAGCCCCUCACCGAGGAUUACACCCGCUGGCAACUGUGGCAGUACUGGAGUCCCCCUCCGCUGCCCAAACCGCCGCAAGGUAAUUACGAGCACGAGGCGGAUGACCUGUUUGAGAACUCGCAGUACCGCGCCGUGGUGCAGUACUACGUCCGCGCGCUCGGCUUGGGCAACUGGCGGAUGGUACAGAAGGGUCACCAGAAUGGCCCAGAACAAGCAGGAGCCCUGGUUGCACCAGGUUCCCCGGAUGACCAAGCGAAGCUGCGCCGGGGAAUCUUUUUUUCUCGGCACGACGUGGAGAAAUGGACGUGGCAAUUCGCAGGAAUCGCCUUGCAGCGCUGGCUGAUACAAGUCCGACCGAAGCUGCAAGACAGCACGACAACAGGCUUGGGCACAGAUAUGAACGGAAAGCUGCGGCAUGCCCCGGAGUACUACGAUCUCUUCGUUGAUCUUCAUGAGGACGAGGGUCCUUUGCAGGACCUCAACAAGGCAGAUCGGGGCUCUCAAGAUGACCCCAGCACCAGCUUCCGGCGUGGUCACGGGUUGCCGAAACAUUUUUUCACGGAGGUAGUCAAUGAAAAUGCUGGCUCCACCGAGGACGUCGCGAAGAUUGUGAACCAAAUGAAAGAUUUUGUGCAAAGGGCUUCAGACCGAAACGGAAACGAUCGAACUGAGCUGCAAAGUGCCGAACUACGCCUGAAGCAGGAGAUUUUCAAGGCAAUCACCGAGUUUCAAGGAGCGGGCGCCAGCGCACCGGAGCUGAUGCAAAAGCUGCGGCCGCUCUGCUCUGACGAGGAGCUGCGUGAGAGGGACGUGGGCGAAUGUGACGAAGAGAACCUUCGUGAGCCGUGGCUGUUCUGCGGAGGGCCCCGAGGCAGUGCAGACGAGACGAAAGCCAUCAUAGAAAAGGGUCGAGAAAAGGGACGCGAUGUCGUUCAGAUUCGGGCUGACGGCACGAUGAGAGAAAGUGGUGUCAUCGCAGCACCAGGCGACUCGAGCUUGGAAAGUGUGCAAGCAAAUUUGGCUACUCGGUUCGACUCUGCUGCCAGUCCCAGUAACAGGGCCACUCCCAGUGGUCAUGUUCGCCGCAAUUUCAUCGCACCAGAUGGCGAGCUUGCGGCCGCAGCAGGAGACGAUUCACCUGCUGUGAUAUCGAGUUCUGUGAAGAUCGACAAUCACAUGCACAUUGACUCCUUUCACGUGACCAAUAUGGAGGUUUUGAUUCUGAAGUGGGCUCUACCCAAAGACGCCCUCAGACUCCUCGACACUCCGGCUGUAGCGACAGGACAGGCCGCGGAACUCACCGCCGACGGCGAAUCAACGCCGACCGGUCAAGUCAUUUCAGGCGCAGAAGACUCUACGUUUGGUUUUACGACUCCCGUGCAGGACAAAAUGAGACGACCAAGUGAAGACAUUUCCACUUUGGGUCCGGUGGUGAGCAGCCUGCGCGUAAUUGAUGCAAAAUCCGGGGCAGCGACAGCGAGCCGUCAGGACGGGGACCACGCCGAUCGAGAUGGUGACGGAGCGGCAAGCCCAGCUGGGAGCGAAACGGACGCCAUGAGCAAGCGGCAGUCGAUCACCAGGGCGGCGGAUGCCCCCGUGGUGGCCACCAACGGCGCCUUCUGGGACGCGGUGUCUGCGGGUUUCGCGGCCUUGUCUGCGCAGCUGAUGACGGUGCCGCUAAAUGGUGGCCGGCGGCUCUCGACUCGCUUGAAUGUGAUCAUUCGACCCUUUGACAAGCGCGACGUGCCAGCGGCGUUGCAAGAAGCAUCGACUGCCGAUGAAAAAGAGCGGGAAGAGGCGUUGAAGACGUUUCUGCGCUCCAAGAUCCUGUGGCGCACGGAGCUCGGGAACAUUUUGCCGCUCUCGCAGAACGCGAACAAGGGUCUCCAGGUGGCCUUCUACACCGUCAAGGAAGGUUCCGACACCGUGGAGGAGGUGGGUUUCGAUUAUGGAGGAAAAACGGACAAGAAGGUUCUUGUGCUGGAACACGCGGACUGUUGGGAUGACGAUGAAUCGAAGAGGCCCGGAAAACAAGAGAAAUGCAACGAAGCCAUGCACGCAGCCGCUUUCGAUGUCAUUCGGAAAGUCAACUCAGGGCUGAAUUUGCCGAAAUUGACACCGGCCCAGCUCAAAGCAUCCUAUCCGACAAUCACGGAGCUGCAGAAAGCGUGGCCACCGAAAGAAGGGAAUGCAGUCCGGGCCGGUAAGGAAGGGCAGCCACUUUCACUUGGCGAAGCGGUUCCCAAAGCACAAGGAGCAAAGCCGGCGGCAUCAUCCUCCACCGCUUUCCUCGAGGAGCAUGACAGUCCGCAGACGCAACCGUAUCCCAUGAUGACGGUGUAAGACGGAGUUUCAAGUUCACAAGGAGAGAAGUAGUCUUGUAACUCAGAAAGUAAACGAAAACGCGGUAAAGCUUGAGCUUCUGUCCAUCACAGAAACGAAAAGCAAUUUUUUUUUACAUUUUCAUCACAGCAUGAUUUAUGUAUUUUCUGUAGAUACACCCUUUCCUGCUCUGACGCAAAGAAGUAGUAGCACCCCGCCUGCACAAGAACAAUCUGUCCAAUGUCCCGUUUCCUAGUCACCCAGCACUAUUUUUUUGAUUAAAAAUCUUCGAUAUUUUGAUUUUUUUGAGUUCGCACUUGCAUAAAGUUUCUAGUAAAUGUCCCACACCUAACCAAAUUUUCAUGUUUCAUUUCGAGCAAUAUUUUAACAGUUGAGUUGCACGACCACCCCCUCGGUCUGUGCCUAGUGUUUCCGCAUCGUCGGGCACUGUUUCUUGUUUCUUGCAAAUUUUCGGAUCGAAUUGCUAACCCACCACACCGAUAAUUUAUCCCGUUGCC